AUGCCUAUGUCGACUCUCACUAACUUUAAAAUUUUUGCGUGGAAUGUUGGGGGUGCAGGGAACAAAGCUUUCAUCCGUUCUCUGAAGCUAGCCAUCCAGAAUCAUCAGCCGGAUUUCGUCAUCCUCCUCGAGCCUCAGAUUAGUGGCGCAGCGGCUAACUAUACAUGUGACAAGCUGGGUUUCCCAAAUUCUUUGCGGGUGGAGGCGGAUGGUAGGAAGGGUGGUAUCUGGGUGUUUUGGGAUGCGCGCAAGUUCUCUGUGCAGCUGAUUUCUGCUUGCAAUCAUCAUAUUUCGCUGAGGGUGGAGCAAGGCAACUGUCCCCCAUGGGUCCUGACCGCUGUAUACGCCUCGCCCAAGCCCAGUAACCAGCAGGUGCUCUGGAAUAACCUCCUCACUCAAAGUAACCAGAUUGAUAUCCCGUGGCUCCUCACGGGCGAUUUCAACGCAAUUCGCGCCGCGGAAGAGAAGUCGGGGCCCCCUACGGCAAAUACCCUGAGGAGAUGUCGCAUUUUCAACGACAGGAUCAAUAUGGCGGAGCUAAUCGAUUUGGGUUUCUCAGGGCCUCUUUUUACUUGGACCAGGGGGGACCAACUUCAAACGUACAGAGCGAGUAGGAUUGACAGAAUCCUGUGUAAUCUGAGGUGGAAUGAGGUCUAUCCCAACACUUCCGUGAUGCACCUCCCUCGGCUCCAAUCUGAUCACAGUCCCCUCCUCACUACUGCUUCCUCUCCAGGUGCAGCCCCGACCACUGAUCGUCCCUUCCGUUUCGAGGCGGCCUGGCUUACCCACACCAACUUCAAAGACUUUGUUGGCUCAGCUUGGGAGGGUAAUGCUCCUCUUCACAGUGCUUUGGCUAGUCUUGCGGGCAGCCUCAGAGAGUGGAACAUUAAUGUGUUCGGCCACAUUAAGAAGAAAAAGAACCGCUUGCUGGCUCGCCUAAAAGGUUUGGAAACAAGGUUAGCGAUCUCUUUCGAGCAAGGCUUGGAGAAACUUCACUCUAAGCUGGAGGCUGAUCUGGAUAAGGUUCUGGAGGAAGAGGAAAUCUUAUGGUUUCAGCGUGCUAGAGACCAGUGGGUGAAGUUUGGCGAGCGCAAUACGGCAUACUUCCAUCAGCAAGCCAACAUCAGAAGAAGGCGCAAUAAGAUCGAGGCCUUACGGGAUGAGAAUGAUCUAUGGGUGAAUGACCCUAAAUAUCUUGCUCUCUUGGUUUUCGAUUUUAUUACUAACAUUUAUGUGCAGGAAGUGUCGGCUUACGAGGAUAAACUUCCGAGGAACUGCUUUCCGAGACUGACCCAGACAGAGCUGAUGCAGUUGCUAAGACCCUUCACCAUCACGGACAUUCACAAGGCAGUCUUUGAGAUGAAGCCCUUCAAGGCCCCUGGUCCCAAUGGGUUUCAUGCCGCCUUCUACCAGCAGAUGUGGGGGACUGUCGGCAAAAAUCUCACGGACAUGGCGCUUUCCUUUUUCAACACCGGUGUUCUCCCAGAUUCAGUCUCCGAGUCCACCCUGGUCCUCAUCCCCAAAGUCGACAACCUAGAAAAGGUGACGCAGCUUCGUCAGAUUUCCCUUAACAACGUUAGUCUCAAGGCUAUCACGAAAGCGAUGACCAGCAGACUGAAGCCGCUCAUGAGGAAACUUAUCUCCCCCAGACAGAGCAGCUUCAUCCCUGGGAGACAAACCGCUGAUAAUAUUAUAGUGGUUCAGGAGGUUCUCCAUUCUUUCAGGAAAAGGAAAGGGAAAAAGGGAGGCCUGAUUUUCAAGAUUGAUUUAGAGAAGGCCUAUGAUCGGCUUCGCUGGGACUUCCUGCGAGACACUCUAAAGGAGAUCGGGUUGCCAAGCUCCUGGAUUAACUGCAUCAUGACCUGUGUGGAGCAAAACAGGAUGCGGAUUCUUUGGAAUGGAGAGUUAUCUCAGCCUUUUUCCCCGUCCCGCGGAGUCCGUCAGGGAGACCCUCUCUCACCCUAUCUGUUUAUGCUUUGCAUGGAGCGUUUAUCUCAUAAAAUUGAUGAAGCUGUGGACAAUGGCCUUUGGAAAGCUGUUAAGCUUACUACCAACAGUCCACCUCUUACCCAUCUCUUUUUUGCAAAUGAUCUCCUCCUGUUUGCGGAAGCAGAAUCCCGCCAAAUUCAAGUUAUUCAAUAG